GCGAGUCCUCCAGGCCCAGCAGAGGGAGCGGGCGGGCGCGCGCGGCGGCUCCUCGCUCGGCGGCUCCGGCUCCGGCUCGUCGCCCCACUGAGCGCGGCCAUGGCCCGCCUGCUGCUGCCGGUCCUGCUGGGGCACGUGGCGGCGCUGGGCCCUUCGCUGGCGGGGCCGGCGGCCGCCCGGGUCGAGGUGCUGGCGCUGCGGGAGCCGGAGGAGGCCGAGCCGCGCUCCCCGGCCGCCGGGGGCUACACGCUCCAGGGGGCGCUGCUGGGGGGCCGCCCGGGCCCGGACCCGCCGCCGCGGGAGGAGGCGAUAGAGGGGAGCCUGCUCCUGAUGGGAGAUGCCGAGCCUGAGCUGGAGGGAGAGAACAGCUGGAUUGCGGUGGUGCCGGUGGGGGAGGAGCAGGCAGAGAUCCCGAGGGGCAGCAAGGAGGAGUCCUUCACCGCAGCCAUGGUCAACAAGCGUGUGCAACUGUCUCUCUCCCUGGCCCUGUGCACUCUCCCCCCACAGAUGAAGCGAGCCCUAGUUCUGGGAGCAUCAGCCCUGCUCAUUCUCGUGCUGAAUCAGAACACGAUCCGAGAGAUGGAUGUGUCCCAGGUGCUCUCCAAGCCUGUGAUUGUGAUCCAGACCUCAGACAAUGUCACCCGGCUUCUCGGGGCUCUGCUACGGGGGCUCCGGGUGACGGCCAAGAUCACGUACCAAGCGAUGCUGCUGGAGAACCUGGGAGUGACUCUCACGCUGUGGUCGACCUGUGGCCUGUCCCGGGGUGGGCUGUAUGGAGAGUGGCAAGGAGUUAUCUGCACAGGCGAGAACAGCUCGCGGGUCCAGAAGUACCUUCAGCAGCUGUGGAACACCAUCCUGUUCAUCGCCCUGAUCCUGUGCACGGGUGUGAUUGUGCAGGCCCAGCGGCAGUCCCGGCAGGGCCAGCAAGACCAGGACACCGAGCUGGACCUCAAGCAGCACAUCCUGCGGAGGCUGUCGGCACUGAAGACCCGGCGCUACCACCCUGGCAAACACCCCUGGAGCCAGGCCCGUGACAUUGAUAGCUGUGCUGUCUGCUUGGACCAGUUCCACAAGAACCAGUGUUUGCGGGUGUUGCCGUGUUCACACGAGUUUCACCGGGAUUGCGUGGAUCCGUGGCUGCUCCUGCAACAGACCUGCCCUUUGUGCAAGCACAACAUCCUGGGUAACUGCUGCGGUGAGAGCUAGCUGGCCUAUGGACAUACUGCGGGGAUAGAGUCACCUGCACUCCAGGGGAUGGGGGCACCAGGGAAGUGGCUCCAUCAGCACAGCAGGUGGCUGAGCAGGGGGAAGCAGCAGCACUGUGCAUGUGUCCCCAGGGCUGGGCAGACCCACAGCGCUGUAUGCUCAGCUCAGCAGUUAUCCCCAGGCAGCAGAGUGAGAACCUGAGCAUUGCGGUGGAGAAAAGGUUCUACUCCCUUUAGAGUGCACUCAGACGGCCCUGUUUGGCAGGGGUAGAAGGCAGGGAUGGAUGUGGCCAAAUUCUGACCUGUCUUAAAUCCAUGCAAGCCCCCCGAGAUCAGGGAGGGCAGAACUUGGCCUCUGAGUAUGUGUGUAGGGGGAGGGGGUGCAUCUGGGCAGCUGAUCUGUCAGUAUUAGUGUAGCAUCUUUGGAGGGGUGGGGGUUGUGGGGGGCAGAAGCUAAGGAGGCAUCUGAGACCCCCUCAGGGGAAUAAGGAGGGGAUGCCAGACUUCUUAGGCAAAGUCUUAAAGGGUUAGUGGGGAAGCUCCAGCGACGAUGGGAGAGGCUGGUCCAUGUGGCUGGUGCGAGCACUUUGCUGUAAGUCGAUUUCCCUGUGCUCCCUGGGGCAGGCUAGUUUUUCCCCGCCCAGUGCUCCUAAGGGACAAUUACUCUCUCCUUUUAUAAAUCUCUAUUUUCUAUACUCCCAUGACUGCUGCUAGGAGCCCCUGGGCUGGCUCAGCUCUCGGUUACUCCUUGGCUAUCUCAGCAGGGUGGCUCGGGUGUAACCGAAGGCAGCGCUGAGCCCCUCUCAUCCCUCACAGAGUGGUGGCCCACACCUGGAGCAGGGGAGGGGGCCUGGAAGCUGCGUUGAUCUACCAUCUUUCAACGUGCUUCCCUUCUCACUGGCCCUUGGCAGAUCACCUUGCUGAAGGGCAGGGGCAGGAAGUGGGGAGGGUUUGAAUGCUUGCUUUAUUUAUACUAACUUAUUAGAGAGAAUGGCAUGAGGUAGCUGCGGGGCGGAACAAUAUCCGUGGCUGUGUUGCAGUGUCCAGGUCUUUGCUGGGAGCCCUGGCUGGGUCCCAGCCCCACUCAGCAGCCAGAGAUUGCUGGAUUUGAUGCACUGUACAUGUCUGUAAAGCCGCCUGCGCUAUUAAAGCUAGAGCAAGGAGAAACCUGCA